AUGACUAGCUCUGUUGCUGGAGAACAGUUUAUUCGCACUUUAAGACAUUAUCUGGAAGCUAACGAACAUCGUUUUAUUCCCACUACAAACAAACCAGCACAUAUUAAAGAAGAAGCACCUAAAGAAACCAAUUUCUUCAAGACAGUCUCUUCGUUAUGGUCCAAUACAACAGACAUACCAGACACACACUCUCGACCCAACUCUUUGUACGGUAUACCUGUCCCUUACAUGUCUUUGUUAGCAGCCACUUCACCCGACGCCAGCUCACUUUCAAACAUAUCGUAUAUGCCACCUCGUUCUUGUCUAACACUGGAUAUUCAUCACUUGUACUUUUUACUGGUUCAAUUUGAAUAUUUAGGGUUAGAAGAAACCCAGCUGCCUGUACCAGAGCAUGGUCUUGUGGAGACAGAAACCACAUCCACAGCAGGCAAAGCACCUUCCAUGACAUCUGUAGGCUCUGUCAUGUCCACACUUUCGCUCACCACAGGCUGGCAAUUCUGGUCUGCCAAACAAACACAGGAUCGUCCUUUACAUGAAGACAUUGUCUAUAUUCACAAGUAUCUGUCGCGAGUAUCAGCUCUCAAAUUACACAUGCAUCUCCUGACAGAGCACGGCGUCACAAAAAGUGGACAACGCACCAUUCGAGGCUACGAAUCACCAUUUCCUCAAGACGGUUCAAUUCAGUUAUCACUGCAUGCGUUUAAGCAUUUAAAAUGUUUAGAGUUAAAUCAGAUCAGCCCAUGCUGUAUUCAAAACUGGUCCGAAUUACAAUCCCUGACGAGUUUGGUAGUGAAGGCAGGCAAUGUGGAUAAUGUGGUUGAUAUUGUAGGCACACAGGUCUGGCCUGACCUCAAGAUGUUGUCCUUGCAAGAUAAUGCCUUAACCACAUUUGAACAAGAGCCAGCCGGGUUAUUGAGAUCCAUCACACAUCUGAACUUGGCCAGUAAUCUGUUGAUCGAUAUUCCUGCUGCACUCUCCUUACUCUAUAAUCUGUCUAGUCUGAACUUAUCGUACAAUAUGAUUUCAUUUACGACAGGCAUCAAUACAGUGCUAGGAAACAUUCAAGAAUUAGACUUGAGAGGCAAUCGAUUGACUUUGUUGGCUGGUUUAGAUCGGUUAUGGGCAUUAGAAAGGCUAGAUGUACGUGAUAAUCGUAUUGAGGAUAGUGCUGAGAUAGGCAGAUUGACAGCUUUACCCAACAUACGUGAUAUCUGGGUUGAAGGAAACCCUUUUACUAAAAUGAAGGCAAGUGAAGAUCCUGAUUACCGUAUCGAUAUCUUUAACCAGUUUAGCAAGAACCAACUCGAGAUUGAAUUGGACGGCACAAAGCCUAGUUUUACAGAACGUCGACAUGUCAGUAUACCAAAUGAGAUGCAGGUACCUACUGCACCUACAAAAUGGCCAACUGCUGCUGUACCAGAAACAGAACAAGUACCUAUCGUCAAGACAAAAAAGAAACUGGCACGUACAAAAUCCAAAAGCAACAAACGCCAAAUUCGACUAGGAAGACCUAUAGAAGAUGAGGAAACGAUACCUGUGCCUGAAGCCUAUCUUUCAGACGAUGAAUCCAAGAAGCACAGACAUCGACUGGCUGAUUUAGAGGAAGCAGUCCAACAAGAAGCCAAGAGUGCACGUAGAGCAGCUUCUGUCCGGUCACGACGUAGUAAGAAAGCAACAGCCGCAGAAGAGAAAGCGGCUGCUUUAGCUGCUGCUACUGCAAAUAGUGAAGAACUCAAGAAAUCUAGCGAGGCAUUUCGAAAGAAAAUCGAGGCCAUGCGAAGAGAAGCAGCUGUUGUUUUCUUUUCUCUCUUCUCUCUCUUUUCUCUUAUUGAACUUGGGAUGCAGACACUGGCACAGCAAGUGGCCUAUGACAUUGCGUUAUGGCUGUUUAAUUUGAUGAUCAAUAUUUUCUUUCGAGAAGUUAGGCCAAGAGGCGCGCAUAAGAUACCCAAAGAUGGACCAGUGAUAUUUGUUGUAGCUCCACACGCAAAUCAAUUUGUAGACCCUAUUGUGCUUAUGAGAGAAUGUGGAAGAAGAGUAUCAUUUCUUAUUGCAGAAAUAUCCAUGCAUCAAAGGGGUAUAGGGUUUUUUGCAAGAUUACUCAGUGCAAUUCCUGUUAUACGCCCUCAAGAUUUAGCAAAGGCAGGCGAAGGUCGUAUUCAGCUUUUGAAUAGAAAAACAGACCCCUUACGUAUCAUUGGUACACAUACCCAGUUCCUAAAACAACUCAAGCCCAGGGAUUCGAUUGUAUUACCUAAAGGGUGUGGACAAUCAGAAGUGGUCCAGAUUAUUUCGGAUACAGAAUUGAUUAUCAAAAAGGAAUUCAAGGAACUCAAGGCUCUAGAACUAUUGACACAGUCUGAAGGUACUGCUUAUAAAUGCGUGCCUCACGUAGAACAGGAGUCAGUCUAUAGAUCUGUUCAUGAUGAACUUAAUAACGGAAGAUGUAUUACUAUCUUUCCAGAAGGUGGAAGCCAUGAUAGAGCCGAAAUGUUACCAUUAAAAGCUGGCGUCACUGUGAUGGCAUUGGGUGCCAUGGCUAAAUAUGAAGGACUCAAUGUCAAGAUUGUGCCUUGUGGCCUGAAUUACUUUCACGCUCACCGGUUUAGAUCUCGUGCAGUGAUUGAAUUCGGCAAUCCCAUUUCAGUAUCUCCCGAACUCGUGGAGAAAUUUAAAGCGGGCGGUACAGAGAAACGUGAGGCUUGUUCUACUUUGUUGGACAGUAUCUACAAUGCUCUCAAGACAGUGACGAUCAAUGCGGGUAGUUAUGAGACACUGAUGUUGAUUCAAGCUGCUAGAAGGUUGUAUAAGCCUGCACAUACAAAACUGCAUUUGUCCCAAGUAGUGGAUCUUAACAGACGAUUUCUUAUUGGCUAUAAUUUGUUUAAAGAUGAUCCUAAAGUGAUUGAAUUACAACAAAGAGUGAUGGCUUAUAAUCAACUUUUAAAAUACCAUGGUAUCAAAGACCACCAAGUAUCAAAACUAAGUAAUCGUGACAAAGGAAGGCUGUUAUGGCUGUUAAUCAAGCGUGUGUUUGUCUUGAUUAUUUUGGGUUUAUGGGCAUUUCCUGGUGGUAUUCUGAAUCUUCCAGUCGUCAUUGUGGCUAAAGUAAUUAGUCAAAAAAAAGCACAAGCUGCUUUGAAAGGAUCGACUGUCAAAAUUGCAGGUCGGGAUGUAUUGGCUACAUGGAAAUUAUUAGUGGGAUUAGUCCUUUUACCUACUUUAUAUGCUUUUUAUAGCUUGAUUGUCUUUGUUGUCUUGUUACAAACAAAUCUUGAGUUUAAAUGGAAAUUGAUGUUACCCUUGGCUACUUGGGCAUUGUUACCUUUUGCGUCUUAUGCUAGUUUACGGUUUGGUGAAAUUGGUCUAGACAUUUUCAAAUCUAUCCAGCCUACUUUUUUGGCUUUAUUGGAUCCUCAAGCUGCUGAAACACUCCGUCAAAACAGAGAAAAGCUUUCCAGCAAUAUUACUGAACUCAUUAAUGAAUAUGGACCCAAAGUAUUCCCAGAUUUUGAUGCCAAUUAUAUCUCUAGAACCACCGAACCAAGUCGUACAACAAGCAAUGCUAGUCUUUCAUGGACUUCUGCACCGAGCAAACUCCCCAAGAUUGCCAGUGGAUUUUUCCAACAAGCAACUCGUAUGAACUGGCUUGAUGACAAGAACAUUUUCAACUGGGUUCGUUCAGAAGAAGAUGAUGGCUUUUUAGACAAGUUUUACUUCAACAUCAGUGGUCGUAGUCGAAGUGGAUCUGUGAGUGAAUCAGACAGCAGAAGCCGAAGUCGAACCAAUAGUAUUAGCAGUGAAGUGUUUAAGAUAGAAGGCAUGACGAGUUUACCGCAAAAGCAGCCUAUACCAGAACUCGUUAUUACAUCACCCCAUGACCAGAAACUAUUGUCAAGACGUAUUUUCCGUAUUGAUGAUGUAGAAGAAGAUGAAGAUGACGAGGAAAGAGAUGGAAAACUUGUUUACAAAUUGGCGAUUAGAGAGGAUAAAAAGGAUAUUUAAAUUUUCAUAUGUCUAUCAUAUGGUUCAAUGUGACCUUUCUGAAUAAUAAACUUAUCCCUUUUUUUUUCUUUUUUCUUUUUUCUUUACUUACUUUGCGAUGGGACAAGCAGCUUCAAUUACACUUGGAAACAAAU